UGUCAUCUAUGUUGUAAGAGGUUGUCUCUUUUGUUCCUCAAUUUUUUUUUGCCUUUCUCUGCUAUAAGACCGAAAUUGAGAAUCUAAAUCGAAAUAGAAAAAAAAAAGCUUUUUUUUUGUGUGUGUGCGCGUGCAAAUGAGAGGUCGAGCUUAUGUGAUGAUCUUCUUCUUCUGGGCUCUUCUCACCAUUAUCACUCCCAUGCUUGUUGCCUGGUCGGAUUCUCUCAAACAUUCCCCACUAUCUCAAGGCAAUAAAUACGGUGAAUCGGGUCCGAGGCGAAUGAUGGGAUACGUGGAGAUGAAUUUAGAAAGAGAGGAGGCUCGUAAAAUCGAAGAGGUCGGGCCAUCUUCGGCGCCUACGCCUGAAGACAAUCGAACUUCGACAACGUUGCCUCGGAUCAUAAAGGGCGACAAGAAUCAUACUAUGCUCAUUCAACCCUUGAUCAUGAGCUCGUAAUCAUCGGGAUUGUCAUUUUCGUGUCGGGUGAUCGUUCAUUUUCUUGCUCGGAUCUUUUGAUAUAUUCAGAGGGUUUCCUCCAUUGAUAUACACACAAUAGUGAAUGUAAGAUAAUCACAUAUUAAAGCCGGCCA